CUGUGCCCCCAGGCUCACCCCCUGUGUCUGUGCCCAGUUUUUCACAGGCUGGUGGAUCAUGAUCGAUGCUGCCGUGGUUUAUCCCAAGCCGGAGCAGCUGAACCACGCCUUCCACACCUGCGGGGUCUUCUCCACGCUGGCCUUCUUCAUGAUAAAUGCUGUAUCAAAUGCACAGGUGAGAGGAGACAGCUACAGUGAUGGAUGCUUAGGAAGAACAGGGGCUCGGAUCUGGCUCUUCAUCGGCUUCAUGUUGAUGUUUGGAUCCCUCAUUGCUUCCAUGUGGAUUCUCUUUGGAGCAUAUGUCACACAGAACACUAAUGUGUACCCUGGAUUAGCAGUGUUUUUCCAGAAUGCAUUAAUAUUUUUCAGCACUCUGAUCUACAAGUUUGGGAGAACAGAAGAGCUGUGGGGCUGAGCUCACUGCUGGCCUGUGCUUAGCAUAGUUGCCACGUGGUUCUUCUCCUCUUUUCCCAGGACACUCUUGUGAAUAUGUACAUAGGACUGGAUCUAUCAUUUCAAAGGGAAUGGCAGGCUGCCAGGCUUUCCUGCUGACAUCUCCAGGCUUUCUCCUUCAAAUCCACGGCUUUCCAUCUUCCAAACCUCCCCGUGGCCGAGGCUUCAGCCAACAAGUAGUGAGCAAACAGGACAGAGCCCAUCCCUGGAGCAGGGGCUGGGAUAAGAGCUGAUUUUAAGAAUUUUAUAUUAUUGUUCAGGUAAAUAUAAAGUAGCUGCUUUUUUUUUUUUUUUUUUUUUUCCUUCUUUUGGUAAAAGGUUAUGGGUUUUUAAGCGAGUCCCUACACUCAGCAGGUUGUGCAUGGCAAAGCAAAGUAUUCCUGACUUGUGAUGGCUCUGGCACAAAGGACAUUUGCUGGCACCACAGUCCUUGGGAUUAAUUUCAUGCUGCUCAGUGUAAGAGAUACCAGUUGGUAUUUAAUGUAUUUCCUGAUAUUAGAAUAAUAAUAAUAAUAAAAAAACCAAAAACCUCCAACAAACUGUUGCCAGUUGUACUUGAUAUAAAGAAUAAAUGAGUCAGAGCAAUGUCUUGCUGCUGGUGCAAGUGUCAGUGUCUCCAGGGGAAGCUGUUUGCUGAUAAAUUGAUUUCUCCUGACCUGUUCCCUCUCUGCUUAAAAGGUAGUGGGGUAUAGAUGGAUUUAUUGCUCAACCUUGUAAUAAUUUCAAUUUUCAAUAAAUUCUAGCAGUGACUCACACCCAGUUUU